AUGUGGAGUUUCACACUUGCACUAUCAGUGAGCCCUAUGACUGUGCGAAAAGGAAAACGCUUAGCCAUCUCCAUCCAGGAGCACAUGGCCAUCGACGUGUGUCCAGGCCCCAUCCGCCCCAUCCGUCAAAUCUCUGCCUACUUCCCUCGCCUAUCGCCCACUUCCUCCUUCUCCGAGCCGCUCUCGCCCAAUCAGGUUGCAGCUCCCACUGCGCUCAGCCCCAGCAGCGCAGGUCAAGGUGGAGGGGCCGUCGGAGGAGGAGGAGGAGGAGAAGGAGGAGGGAGCAGCAGCCUGUUAUCACCGCUGUUACCAGGGGCGGCGGGCGGAGGGGGCUCACUGUCGGCCAUGAGUAGCAUGGACACCUCCAUCGAGAUCGACAGCUGUGACAGUGAUGAUAACACCUCUUUGGGGACGUUAGAGUUCGACCUACUGUAUGAGAGAGCCACCAGCUCCCUACGCUGCACAGUCCUGAGAGCGAAGGGUCUGAAGCCGAUGGAUUUCAAUGGUUUGGCUGAUCCUUAUGUCAAGCUGCACCUGCUGCCGGGCGCCUGCAAGGCUAAUAAAUUGAAAACCAAGACUGUUCGCAACACGCUGAACCCUGUGUGGAACGAGACGCUCACCUACUGUGGAAUCACAGAGGAAGACAUGUACCGCAAAACACUCCGGGUGUCUGUGUGCGACGAAGACAAGCUGACACAUAAUGAGUUCAUCGGGGAGUCGCGGGUGGCCCUCCGCCGCGUGAAGCCUGACCAGACCAAACACUUUAACAUCUGUCUGGAGCAUCCACCUCCUCUGCCUUCACCGACUGCAAUGAGCACAGCCCUGAGAGGAAUCUCCUGCUACCUGAGAGAGUGGGAGACGGAGCAGCAGAGAAGUCUAGAGGAGAGAGGCCGUUUGCUGCUCUGCCUGCAGUACCUCCCCCCGGCCACUGACGGCGAUGUGAAGGGCGAGGCCAAGGAGCGGGCUCGUGGCGGGCUUUGUGUGGGCGUCAAGCGCUGCGCCCAUCUGGCAGCCAUGGACGUCAACGGCUACUCAGACCCCUACGUUAAAACGUACCUCAAGCCAGACGUUCAUAAGAAAUCCAAGCACAAAACAGCGGUCAUAAAAAAGACUCUCAACCCGGAGUUUAAUGAGGAGUUCUUCUAUGAAAUCACCUUCUCGGAGUUAGCCACCAAGACGCUGGAGGUCACAGUGUGGGACUACGACCUGGGAAAGUCCAAUGACUUCAUUGGGGGUGUGUCCCUAGGGUGUCACUCACAGGGGGACACUCUGCAGCACUGGAUAGACUGUCUGAAGAACAAGGGCAAGAAGGUGGAGCGCUGGCACACGCUGACCAACGAGCUGCCCGGAUCCACGCUGCAGGAAUGA